UAUCUGCUGUUUUAUGAACAGGGGGAGGUUUUGAUUCGGGGACGGAAAAGAUAUGGUUUGAUAAGUGAUGAGGAAGUAUCUGGCCUUCGGAUUGGAUUGGUAUUCCAGAGUACGGCACUUUUUGAUUCUUUAACUGUUCGUGAAAAUGUUGGUUUCUGUUUGUAUGAGAAUUCCAAUAUGUCCGAGGAUCAAAUAGCAAAGCUUGUGACGGAAAACCUGGCUGCUGUUGGCUUGAAGGGAGUUGAGGAUUGCAUGCCUUCUGAAUUGUCUGGUGGAAUGAAGAAGCGAGUGGCAUUAGCUCGAUCUAUAAUUUUUGAUAACACAAAGGAGGCAAUUGAUCCAGAGGUGGUGUUGUAUGAUGAACCUACCGCUGGGCUUGAUCCAAUUGCAUCUACUGUUGUCGAAGAUCUCAUCCGCUCUGUCCACAUGAAAGGUCAUGAUGCAGAGGCUAAACCAGGGAAUAUUGCAUCUUAUGUAGUUGUCACUCACCAACACAGUACCAUAAGAAGAGCUGUUGAUAGGUUAUUGUUUCUCCAUGAGGGGAAAAUCGUCUGGCAAGGGAUGACUCAUGAAUUUACUGAAUCAACAGAUCCAAUUGUUAGACAGUUUGCAUCCGGAAGCUUAGAUGGGCCGAUUAAGUACUUAUGACUAAUAUACAGCCUGUGCAUGCAAUUUGUAUCAUUCACUGUUCAUGAGCUGUUGGGUGCCAAUUUACGUCAUGAAUUCAGUCUUUAAGACGGAGGUCAGAUGGAUGCUUCUUUUCCCUCCCCUAAUGCCACGUUUGCUGCCUCUCGUAAGUGAAUAGUGUACAAAUUUUCGAUGCAUGCUCCGAGCAAAAAUAUAUAGUUCAUGUCCCCGACUUUGAGGAGAAUCAUUUUCUUUGAGCCAGUGGCAGACCGAAGUUGAUGGAUUUCAGUUGCAUGGUUAGAUGCUUAUGAGGUGAGCACAGUUUUGAUUCUUCUUUUAGGUAUUUGUUCUGUAAUCCUUUUUCAUUGGGGGAGGAGGUCCCGUGGGAGCCCAGUGGAGGAAAUUGAAAAAGAUUUAGGGGAAGCUGCUAUGAUUUGUAUUACAUAAAUGUACAUUUUACAGAGCUGUAACUCAAAUCUUCAUACUGAAUACCAUUCUCUCA